AUGUGGUGGACACUAGCGAGUGCACUCAGGUCAAAAUAUGACAUAUGCAUAACCGUUGAGACAAGUGGGAUCGCAACAUUGUUGUUGCCCGGUGGGAGAACUGCACACUCAAGGUUCAAACUACCUGUGCCCAUGUUAGAUAACUCAACUUACAACAUUCAAUACAUUUAUGAGGCUGUAGAGCUACUUCGGCAGGGUAAGUUAAAAUUUUUGGACGAGGCACCUAUGGUCAACAAAUGGUGCCUUGAAGCACUUGAUAAGACAUUGAAGGAUAUCAUGAGUGUAAGUGGCAACUCAAGUGAGGUGUUUGGUGGUAAGGUUGUUGUGUUUGGUGGAGACUUUAGGCAGAUCUUGCCGGUUAUUCCAAGGGGAUCUCGAUCUGACAUUGUCCAUGCCACCAUCAACGCUUCAUAG